AUGAGUUGGACAAACCAGUCGAGUGUCUCCGAGUUUCUCCUCCUGGGCCUCAUCUGGAAGCCUGAGCAUCAGCUGAUUCUCUUUGCUCUCUUCCUGAGUAUGUACCUGGCCACAGUCCUGGGCAACCUACUCAUCAUCCUGGCCAUCAGCACAGACUCCCGCCUGCACAGUCCCAUGUACUUCUUCCUCAGCAACCUGUCGUUUGUGGACCUCUGCAUCUCCUCUACCAUCGUCCCCAAUAUGCUGUCCAAUCACUUACUCAGCAGUCAGACCAUCUCCUUCCCUGCGUGUCUUACACAGAUGUAUUUUUUCAUUGUGCUUAUUGUCAUGGACAAUUUCCUCCUGGCUGUGAUGGCCUAUGAUCGCUUUGUUGCUGUGUGCCACCCUUUACACUACACAACAAAGAUGACCCAUCAGCUCUGGCCUUGGCUCUGUGCCCUGAUGGUCACUGGGUCUUGGGGCAUUGCCAAUGUGAAUGCUCUGUUGCAUACCCUGCUGAUGGCUCGACUCUCAUUCUGUGCAGACAACAAAAUCCCACAUUUCUUCUGUGAUAUGACUCCUCUCUUGAAACUCUCCUGCUCAGACACACACAUCAAUGACCUGAUGAUUCUUAUUGCGGGGGGUAUGGUAAUAACAAUCCCAUUGGUUUGCAUCCUGGUUUCCUACAUUUGUAUCACCACUGCUGUCCUGAGAAUCCCAUCCACAAAGGGCAAGUGGAAAACCUUCUCCACCUGUGGCUCCCACCUGGCUGUUGUGUCCCUCUUCUAUGGCACCAUCUUUGCUGUGUAUUUCAGCCCAUCAGCCACCCACUCAGCUGAGAAUGACAUUGCAGCUGCUGUGAUGUACACGGUGGUGACCCCCAUGCUGAACCCUUUCAUCUACAGCCUCAGGAACAAGGACAUGAAAGGGGCCCUAACAAAACUUUUAAAACUCCAGCUUCUGUAU